UCUACCAUGAGCGGGCGGUUUCAGUUGCCGCGCAGCUGCUAGACGAGAAAGAAAUUCGCCGAGAGCCCCAAAAAUAAGAACACUUCCAGAAAAAGGAAAGGCAAUUUUUUUCUGUGUGUGUGUGUUUUUUCAGUGCGAGAGGGAUUUUCAGCCAAGGCGAAAGUGUUUUUCUUCUACUCGCAGCCGUACGUAAUCGCAUUGCCAUGUCGCUCUAUCGCAUUUCCGCACGCAAAUUGUCCGAGGCACAGAAACUGCCAAAUGUGGGAGCCUAUGUGCGCAUGAUCGCCGCCGAUGGACGCAGCCUGCGCGACGUGCUGGCCGCCAAGGUGCCCCAGGAGCAGGAGCGCGUGAAGAACUUCCGCAAGCAGCAUGGCGCCACCAAGAUGGGCGAGACCACCAUCGACAUGAUGUACGGCGGCAUGCGCGGCAUCAAGGCCCUGGUCACCGAGACCUCGGUGCUGGAUGCGGACGAGGGCAUCCGCUUCCGCGGCCUCUCCAUUCCCGAGUGCCAACAGGUCCUGCCCGCAGCCGACGGCGGCACCGAGCCCCUGCCCGAGGGUCUCUUCUGGCUGCUGCUGACCGGCGAGGUGCCCACCAAGUCCCAGGUGCAGCAACUCUCCCGCGAGUGGGCCGACCGCGCCGCCCUGCCCCAGCACGUGGUCACCAUGCUGAACAACAUGCCCACCACUCUCCAUCCGAUGUCGCAGUUCGCCGCCGCCGUCACCGCGCUGAACCACGACAGCAAGUUCGCCAAGGCCUACUCCGAUGGUGUGCACAAGAGCAAGUACUGGGAGUACGUCUACGAGGACAGCAUGGACCUGAUCGCCAAGCUGCCCGUCGUCGCCGCCACCAUCUACUGCAACACCUAUCGCGGCGGCAAGGGCUCCCGCUCGAUCGACUCCAACCUGGAUUGGUCGGCCAACUUUGUGAAGAUGCUGGGCUACGACAACGCCCCCUUCACCGAGCUGAUGCGUCUCUACCUGACCAUCCACAGCGACCACGAGGGCGGCAACGUGUCGGCCCACACCGUUCACCUGGUGGGCUCCGCACUCAGCGAUCCCUACCUGUCCUUCGCCGCCGGCCUCAACGGUCUCGCUGGUCCCCUGCACGGCCUGGCCAACCAGGAGGUGCUCGUGUGGCUGCGCAAGCUGCAGAAGGAGGCUGGCAACAACCCCUCGGAGGAGCAGCUCAAGGAGUACAUCUGGAAGACCCUCAAGUCCGGACAGGUGGUUCCCGGCUACGGACAUGCCGUGCUCCGCAAGACCGAUCCCCGCUACACCUGCCAGCGCGAGUUCGCCCUGAAGCACCUGCCCGAUGACGAGACGUUCCAGCUGGUGUCCAAGAUCUACAAGGUGGUGCCCCCGAUCCUCACCGAGACCGGCAAGGUGAAGAACCCCUGGCCCAACGUAGACGCCCACUCCGGAGUCCUGCUGCAGUACUACGGCAUGAAGGAGAUGAACUACUACACUGUGCUGUUCGGCGUCUCCCGCGCCCUCGGCGUCCUCGCCUCCCUCGUCUGGGACCGCGCCCUCGGCCUGCCCAUCGAGCGCCCCAAGUCCUUCUCCACCGAUCUGCUGGUCAAGAUGGUCCAGAAGUAAGCCUCUGGACGAGCGACCGGUUGGGGAGCGGCAGGAGCUGGAGUAGCCGGAGUAGCUGGAGUAGCUGGAGUUCAAUGAAGGAUGCAGAGCCUGUAGAUUGUAAUAGACGAGGGACGAGAGAGAGAGAGAGAGAGAGAGGGAUUCGAUUAGAUUGGAUUGGAUUGAAUUAUAUUGGGAUUGGAUAUCGAUUUGACGACGCUGAUAUUGAGAGAGAGUUGGAUACGAUGUUUAGUUGAGGAGAACUGCAACCAAAUACGAACCAAUAGGAAAAACCAGAAGAAAACUGCAACACACUGCAACCGCAAAACAAUAAGUUGGUAAUAAGGCAGAAAACUUAUUUUUAGUAGUAAAAUAAUUAACGAAAAGAUACCAACAAGCAACCACUGAAUUAAUUGUAUAAGCUAUAUAUAUUGAUUGACUAUAUAUAUAGGGACAGGCAGAGAGAGAAAAUCGUUUGCGCCUAUUGUUUAUGUUCAGCAUUUCCCCCCAUCCGAACACCACCCAACCCCCCACGAACCUCCCACUCCCACUCCCACUUUUUUUUAGUUUGUUAUGUUUUCAUCUUAGCCGAUCGACUAACCAAGACCUUAAUGCUGUAUCCCCCGCAGUGCCCCAAAUGACCCACCAGCACCUCGCCUGAAACCCUGAAAAAUUACUAACUGGAUAACAGUUUACUUUUAAUUUAACUAUAAUUUAUUACGCAAACAAGAUACAAACGAGAAAUACAAUACAAACAAAAACAAGUGUAAAGAAACCAACAAAAACAUUUAAAAAACUCAAUAAAAAAACAGAACAAUAAAUAAUAUAACGCAUAGAGAGUAGUUAUUGCCAACUCCCCCAGUUUGGAGGAGGAGCUGCAAAAGCGUUCGUUCAUUGCCGUGCAAGUGUAUUCGGGAAAGCAAACUCAAAAUAAACCUUAGCAAACUUGAA